GUCACUUUGUAGAAAACAAAUGCAAGUAUGAUUUUACAGUAUUGCAUGGUACUCUUCUUCUCUGUUGAAAUUGGCACUUGCUCAUCCCGAGACUCUUUGAAGCCUGUUGGUGUAAAAUUCUUCUCUAUAAAUCUUAUAAAUAAUCUCCAUUGGCAACCAGGGAAUGGAAGUAGUAACGAAACACUCUACUAUGUGCAGCAUAAAAUUUACGGGGACACAGACUGGAAAAACAAAACAGAAUGCUGGGGUAUCUCUGCAACUUCUUGUGAUCUCACAGCAGAAACAGCAGACUAUGCAGAAACAUAUCAUGGGCAGGUGCAAGCAAGAGAUCUGGACGUUACUUCUGAUUGGACGGGGAGUAGCAGUUUCAUCCCUUUUGAUGACACUGUGAUUGAUUGUCCAAAACUGAAGGUAACACCAAAGGUUAACUCCCUGCAGAUAAACAUUGCUCCUUUUGACAAGCGGAGAAGGACACCUUCUCUGAGGAAAGUGUUAGAAUACUUAGUAACACUUUCACAACCUGACAAUCAGAUAUAUACAAAUGAAAUAAUUUCUAAAAAUAGAACGAUAUCUAUUUCAACAUUAACCCCAGGAACAAAGUAUUGUAUCACUGUUAAAACACAAUAUUGUAAAACAAAAGCACCAACAUCUUGUAAGACCAGUAAAGCAAGUGAGAAGUAUUGUGCAACAACUAAGAAAGAUCCAGUAACCAUGAGAAUAAUUCAGGCUUUGAUAGGCGGUAUAUGUGGAGUCGUGUUUGUCUGUGUGCUUAAAGUAUUCUUAAUAUUUAUUUAUCGGUACACAUAUCGACCCAAAGCAAGUUUACCAGCCUCCUUGGUCUCGAUAUCUAAGAAAGAAACUCUGUUGGAUUCAAAAGAACAUAGCGUGGAAGCCUCUAAAAGCACAGAAGAUCGUAAAAUGAUACUUACAGUGGAAAAGAAUGUGUAUGUUAGCUGCCCAGUUAAUCCAAGGUAUGUGGCUCAACUGCAGAUGAAGAACCAUCGCACCAACACAAGUCACAGUGCUAUAUCCAAUCAGUUAUAUCACAUGUUGCACCACAGCCCUGAAUAUACUGCCCAACACGACUCUACAGGAGAACAGUCAGACUUAAGAAUGACAGGAGUGUGUUCAGAAGGGAUGCUACAACCUGAAUACGGCAAUGUGCAAAAUGAAGAAGAUUGUCGUGAAUAUGGCCACGUUCAAACAGUUGAAAAUGUGUCUGAAACUCAGAAUAUGAUAAGCCCAGGUCAGAAUACUGAGUAUAAGAAUGUGGGUAACUCUGAACAGCAACCUGAUUACAGUAAUGUAGGAAAUCCUAAAAAAACUCUGGAGUAUAGCAAUUUGCAGUAAAUCUUGAACCGCAGUGGGUUUACAGCAGCAAUCAUACAUACAGUACAUUAAGACAUGUCAUUUGAUUGCUAUUGUCCAAAAUUACUACAUUUUCAAAUACAGUACUGUAUGAAAUUAAACAUAAAAAAAUGUAUAUUCGUAUUCUGCCUUUCAGAUGUUUUUUUUUUGUUAUUCCAUUGUUUAAAAAGCACAGUGAAUUACUAGUUUGAUAGCUGGUUGUGUACUAUAACCUACUGAUGAUAAAAUGGUAUUUACUGAUUACACUGUAAAGUAAGAAAAUACUCUUUGUAAAUAUUAAAUAUGUUCAGAAACUUAAAAUAAAUAAAGUUGGGAUCCUGUGCCAAAACUUUAUAAGAAUGGGCUGUAAUUUGUAAUUUACAAAUAUGGGGAUUGUUGGAUUUUGUGCUAUUUUAAUAUUGUAUAUCUGUGUUAUAUCAACCUGCAUAUUUUUUGUACAUAUGAAUUGUUGUCAGUCAAUUUUAACUAGCCCUGCUUAUCAGGGCCGGAUUAACCCAUCACUGGGCCCUAGGCAAGCAUAUGCUUGGGGCCCCCCUACCCCACACAUAUACAUACAAACAUAUAUACAUACACACACCUCUAUGUACAUUAUAGCCUUUAUAACUAGCCUUCCACUCUUUUACAACAGCUAUAAUUCUCACAUAAUUCAAACAAACAAGGAACACCAUAUGAAGCUGAAAAAAGGUAAUAUAUAGGGUGCUCAAACUUUUGUUCACUAACGGUAGCUCCACAAUAGUCCACAAAAAUAAAUAGUAAAAAACGAACAUACCUGUACAUUGUUGUGUAGUCAAAUACGUUACAAUUUACUGCACACAAAAUCGGCAAUGAUGUUUCCUUGUUUUUUUUGUUGAUCGGGUGGGGUUUGACUUGCUUCAUUAAAUAAAAUACCUUUUUAUCCAGAGCAGAGAAAUCGUAAAUGUUUUUGGCAUACAAGGAACUUCAGGUGUUACAUAUGGUAGAUUUCUGUACCCUAUAGAAUGCUGUACUCUUGAUUGC